GGGGAGUGUCUAACAUAAAAAGCACCAUUAUAUUGCAUCAAAUCAACACAAGAACCUUAUAGCUACUACUCCUAUAUAAUAACACCAUACACAUUCCAUUACUUCUAUUCUCUUCUCUUCUCUUCAAUGGAUUCUAAUACUUUCUCCAUGCAUUCACAUUGUGUACAAAUGGAAAUACACCAAGUUGUUCCACCACCUCACAAAAGCACCUUACAAAAAUUCAAAGUUAGGCUCAAGGAAACUUUUUUCCCUGAUGAUCCUUUACGCCAAUUCAAAGGACAAACACUUCAAAAAAGACUAAUCUUAGGAGCUAAAUAUUUUUUCCCUAUUCUUCAAUGGGGUUCUAUUUAUAGCUUCAAACUCUUUAAAUCUGACCUUGUUUCUGGUCUCACUAUUGCUAGCUUAGCCAUCCCACAGGGAAUUAGUUAUGCCAAGCUUGCAAAUCUUCCACCAAUUGUUGGACUAUAUUCUAGUUUUGUUCCUCCACUUAUUUAUGCUGUUCUUGGAAGUUCAAGGGAUCUAGCAGUAGGACCUGUUUCUAUUGCUUCACUUGUUUUAGGAUCUAUGCUUAGACAAGAAGUGUCUCCUUCAGCAGAACCUGUUCUGUUUCUUCAACUAGCUCUUACUUCAACCUUUUUUGCUGGUCUAUUUCAAGCUUCACUAGGAAUUCUAAGGCUAGGAUUUAUCAUUGAUUUUUUAUCCAAAGCAAUCUUAAUUGGAUUCAUGGCUGGAGCUGCUAUAAUUGUGUCUUUGCAACAACUUAAGAGCCUACUUGGAAUCACACAUUUCACUCAACAAAUGAGUCUUGUUCCUGUUAUGAGUUCUGUUUUCCAAAACAUACAUGAGUGGUCAUGGCAAACAAUAGUGAUGGGAAUUUGCUUCUUGGUGCUACUACUAAUAGCAAGACACGUUAGCAUGAGGAAACCAAAGCUAUUCUGGGUCUCUGCUGGAGCUCCUCUUAUGUGUGUGAUCAUUUCUACUCUUCUGUGUUUUGCAAUCAAGGCUCAAAAUCAUGGCAUCAGUUUAAUUGGAAAAUUGCAUGAAGGAAUAAAUCCUUCUUCAUGGAACAUGUUGAAAUUUCAUGGUAGUCAUCUUGGUCUAGUCGUGAAAACUGGCAUUAUCACUGGCAUUUUGUCCCUCACUGAAGGUAUUGCAGUAGGAAGGACAUUUGCAGCUCUUGGAAACUAUAAAGUGGAUGGAAAUAAGGAAAUGAUGGCAAUUGGGUGUAUGAAUGUGGUUGGAUCCUUCACUUCCUGCUAUGUUACAACAGGUGCUUUCUCUCGUUCAGCUGUUAAUAACAACGCAGGAGCAAAAACAGCUGCUUCGAAUAUAGUAAUGUCCGUGACAGUGAUGGUGACACUCCUUUUUCUUAUGCCAUUGUUCCAAUACACACCUAAUGUUGUAUUGGGCGCAAUCAUAGUCACAGCAGUGAUUGGCCUCAUUGAUAUACCCGCUGCUUGUCACAUUUGGAAGAUAGACAAAUUUGACUUCCUUGUGAUGUUAACCGCUUUCUUCGGUGUCGUUUUUAUCUCAGUCCAGUUAGGCCUUGCUGUUGCAGUUGGAUUAUCAACUUUUAGGAUACUCCUGCAAAUUACAAGGCCUAAAACAGUAAUGAUGGGGAACAUACCAGGGACAGACAUAUAUAGAAAUCUUCAUCAAUACAAGGAAGCUACAAGAAUACCAGGCUUUCUCAUUUUGAGUAUUGAAGCUCCUAUCAAUUUUGCAAACAUCACAUAUCUCAAUGACAGGACGCUACGAUGGAUUGAAGAAGAAGAGGAAGAUAACAUAAAGGACUCAAGCCUUCGAUUUUUAGUCCUGGAAAUGUCAGCUGUGAGCGCCAUUGACACAAGUGGAAUCUCACUUUUCAAGGAGUUAAAGGCAACAAUGGAAAAGAGGGGUGUUGAGCUUGUGUUGGUGAACCCUCUUGCCGAGGUCAUAGAAAAGCUGAAAAAAGCAGACGAAUCUAAUACAUUCAUACGAGCAGACAACCUUUUCUUGACAGUUGGAGAGGCUGUGGCUUCACUUUCAUCAACAAUGAAGAGCCAGUCAACCACGACAGAAGAAGCACAUACAAUCGUGCCACAUUACUGAUUAAUAUCAAGAUAGACGCAGCAGAAACAGACUGCAUAGAAUUUGUAUCAAAUCAAUUAUUGCAACAUUCUACACUUUACAGUUUAAACGAUUAAAGUGAAAUGUAACUUUAUCAGUUGUGUUGCUGCUUAUUAGAUAUGCCUCACAAAAUUUUGUUCAUAACGGCAACAACUUGAUGCUUUUCAAUUCAAGGGUUCAUGAUGAUUAUUUACAUACA